GCGCGGGAUACAUGACGUCACCGUGCCACCCCUCUCCCUGCCUCCACCUCUGCCUCAGUUGCCAAUGGCGUCGUCCGGUGCGGGCCCCGCAGGGAGCGCGGGGAACCACAACAACUCGGCGGCCGCCAACUCGGGGCGCGCGGCGUCGCGAGGCCUCCUCGCGUGCCGCAACCUCCACGAGUUCCUGCGCGGCCUGGAGGCGAGGGCGCUCGACCGCCUCUACGCGCACCCGGCCCCCUGCCUCGCCUUGCUCAGAGAGCUGUCACCGCUGGCCAGGAACUACGUUAUGCGAAUGCUCUUCCUAGAGACGCCACUCCCCACAGCCGCCAUCGACUCCUGGGUCUGCAAGGAUGCACAGAAGGCCCAUGAGGAGAGUGCUCAGUUGCUACGAGAGCUGCGCGUGUGGCAGGACCACGUGAUCCCCGGGGGGCUGCCAGGCCUGGUGCUCAACCCGGUCUUCAGAGCGAACCUGCGUACUGCCCUACUGGGCGGUGGUAACCCUUGGUCCGAUGACACGACUGGACUGGGCCCAGACAAGCAUGCUCGCGAUGUGACAUCGUUAGACCGCUACGCCCUGGAGCGAUGGGAGGUGAUCCUCCACUUCAUGGUGGGGUCACCCGGAGCCGAGGUGAGUGCAGACGUUGCCCAGCUGCUCAUCAAAGCUGGACUCAUGCGCAGUGAAACUGGGGAGCCACCAUGCAUCACCUCGGCCGGGUUUCAGUUCCUGCUGCUCGACACAGCCUCACAAGUUUGGUACUUCAUGUUGCAGUACCUGAACUCCACGGAGACCAGAGGCAUGGAUUUGGUGGAAAUAUUGUCCUUCCUGUUUCAACUGAGCUUCUCCACCCUUGGGAAAGACUACUCUGUGGAGGGGAUGAGUGAGUCAUUGCUCAACUUCCUUCAACACCUUCGCGAGUUUGGGAUGGUGUUCCAGAGAAAGCGCAAGUCUCGCCGCUACUACCCAACCCGUCUCGCAAUCAACCUCGCCUCAGGAAUCUCCCAGGGCAGCACGGACGUUCACCAGCAAGGAUACCUCGUCGUGGAAACCAACUACCGAGUCUACGCUUACACGGACUCGGAGCUACAGGUGGCCCUGGUGGCUCUGUUCUGUGAGAUGCUCUACCGCUUCCCCAACCUCGUGGUGGCGCAGGUGACGAGGGAGAGCGUGCAGCAGGCCAUUGCUAACGGCAUCACGGCUGAACAGAUUAUCCACUUCUUGAGGACGCAUGCCCACCCAGAAAUGAUGAAGCAGACGCCUGUGCUGCCACCAACCAUCACAGACCAGAUCAGACUGUGGGAGAUGGAACGAGACCGACUCGUCUUCACCGAGGGCGUGCUGUACAGCCAGUUCCUGUCUCAGGCGGACUACGAGGUGCUGUGCGUGCGGGCGAAGGAGCUGGGGGUGCUACAGUGGGAGUGUGCUGCUCGCAGGCUCAUGGUGGUCACUCCCGCCGGGCACACGGACGUCAAGAGGUUCUGGAAGAGGCAGAAGAACUCUUGAGGGGGAGAGCGUAUACACACGCAUGCGCACGUGUAUACACACGCGUGCGCGUGUAUACACGCAUACACGUGUAUAUACGCACAUGUACAUUUACGGUAUAUGUAAAUAAUAAAAAGACACAAAGUCCAUCUCUCCCAAGUAAAUGCAAAUUAUUUUUUAUUCAUUGGCUCAUUUAUCGGAGUCUUCUCUGAUAUAAAUACAAAGAUGCCCUGCAUAGCUUUUCGUAGAUUGUUGGGGCAAGUGCUGUUAAGGAGCAACUAUGAAGGCCAGCACGACACACGAGGGGGUGACUGGCCAUAACCACGUGCACUAACCACUGCACUACCAUUCCUCAUGAUAUGAAUACUCCGAUACACACGUACAAACUUCCUCACGUCACUAAUUGGUGAUGCCCCCACAGUGCUGAUUACAAGCUAGGUACACAUUGAAGUCUCAGACUUGCUGGCAGGAGGUCCCGCACCUCCAAUUAGCACAGUUGGCUAUGUACGGUGCGAAAGAAGUUCAACAUACGUACAGACCCAGGUGUGAGGGGUGGUUAAGUGAGAUGACUGGCAGAUGCAUCACCACCUGUGCCCCUUACUGUACCAGCUUACCGGCGCUCCGCUCAUUGUGAGCGUUGCUCCUUGGCCUCGCAUCGUUGCUGGAAGGUGAUAAUCUCUAACUGCCUGGUAGCGACCUUCACGAGCCUCCUUCAUAGAGGCCGACCUAGACACUGCUGGUACCAGUCUUCGGCAAGUCCAAUCAGCUCCACAUCCUGUACCAUAUCAGUUAAUCUCUAGCCCGUGCCACUCACCCACCAAUCCACUAACCCACCUACUCACCUACCCACUCACCCAUCAGCCCAUCUCUUCUUAAGCCCAUGUUGCCUCCUAUUUAGCCCCCUCUAGCCAACCAGACAGCAACUGCUGGGCUGUGUGGUGACUUGACAUGCAGGCUACAUGACCCAGCCCAACACAUUCCCCCUUUUCAGGAGGAGCCCACUGAUGGAGGGGCCCACUGAUAACACUGUCAAGUUCUAUCAAAUAUCUCUGAACUUGUACCUACUCACCACACCCACUUACCACGCUGCAGGUCACAACAACUCGCGCACCAUACAUUGUACAGAACCAUUCCUAGCGUGCAUGAUCUGAUGCGUGUGUAUUCUGUGGAGUUGAUAUUAAUAGAUGUAUCUUUACAUCCCUAAAAACAUUGAGAUGUGUUUCUAUGAUGUGAGUGGAUUUCUGGAAUGAUAUUGUUAUUUUUGUUAAUUAAAAUGUUUUUAUUCA